CACACACACACACACACACACACCGAAAAAAAAACAAAAUAAACAAUGUCAACUUACGCCAAAUCCAACAUAAUAAAACACCCAUUUGUACUUCUUCUCACAACUCUCUUUGUCUUCAUCCUAACAGUUUCCAAACCGGUAACCUCCCAAAACUGCGGAUGUGCCUCUGACUUCUGCUGCAGCCAAUAUGGUUACUGUGGUCAGACCGACGAUUACUGCGGCGAUGGCUGCCGUGAAGGUCCUUGCCAUAGCGUUAGUGCCGGUGACGGAAACAGUGGCGGUGGCGGAGACGCCGUUUCGCUCGAAGGAACGGUAACACCAGAGUUCUUUAACUCAAUCAUAAGCCAAGCAAGAGAUGACUGUGCAGGUAAAGGGUUUUACUCUCACAACGCCUUCAUUGCCGCAGCCAAUUCCUACCCUAGCUUUGGUUCUUCCAUCUCAAAACGUGAGAUCGCUGCGUUCUUCGCUCACGUCACCCACGAAACUGAAUUCAUGUGCUACAUUGAGGAAAUUGAUGGACCAGCCAAAGCCGAAGACUAUUGCGACAGAGAGAACAAAGACUUCCCAUGUGCACAGGGAAAGGGUUACUACGGUCGUGGUCCGAUCCAGCUCUCUUGGAACUACAACUACGGCCUCUGUGGCAGAGACCUAAGCGAGAACCUAUUGGCUUCCCCAGAGAAAGUGGCUCAAGACCCGGCUCUUGCCUUCAAAACCGCUUUCUGGUUCUGGACUACUAACGUUCGCGGGAAAUUUAACCAGGGCUUUGGCGCCACGAUCAGAGCUAUAAAUGGUAUGGAGUGUAACGGAGGAAAUUCAGCAACUGUCAACAAGAGGAUCGGUUACUUCCGAGACUACUGUGGCAAGCUUGGAGUCGAACCUGGAGAUAACCUCUCUUGUUAAAGUUUACUCACUAUCCAUCCGAAAGAUAAGAAUAAGAGAUCACAUAAGAUGAUGAGGAAAAAUAUAUCAUGUAAUAUUAAUGUUGUAUUAAAAAUGUAACGAUGAACGAAUUAAUUUAACUAAAUGGGUCGAUUGAGCUCUGAAUUUAAUGAA